AUGGCGCAGCAGAAUCAAACUGCUGUGAUGGAAUUCAUCCUCCUGGGAUUCCCAGGGAGUCCAUAUUUGCAGAUCUUCCUCUUUGUGCUCUUCCUCUUGAUGUACACCCUGACGGUCCUGGGAAACAUGGCCAUUAUUUUGCUAGUGGUAACACAUCGCCACCUCCACACGCCAAUGUAUUUUUUCCUCUGCAAUCUCUCCUUCCUGGAGAUCUGGUACACCACCUCCUCUGUUCCUAAAGCUCUUGCUGUCUUCCUGGGGAAAAACAAAACCAUCUCCUUCACUGGCUGUCUCCUACAGAUGUACUUCGUAUUCUCCUUUGGCUGCACGGAAUAUUUCCUUCUAUCUGUCAUGGCCUAUGAUCGCUAUUUGGCCAUAUGUUACCCAUUGCAUUAUAGCACCAUUAUGAACAGCUCUUUGUCAGCUCAGCUGGCUCUUGGCUCUUGGGUGUUUGGUUUCCUGGCUAUGUCCCCACUGGCCUGUCUAACAUCACAGUUGUCUUUCUGUGGCUCUGCCAUCAAUCACUUCUACUGUGAGAUCGAAUCCUGGAUCGUCAUCGCUUGCACGGACAUAUCUACCAUUGAGCUGUUGGGUUUGACCACCUCAAUCAUUGUUAUCCUGGGCUCAUGCGUCAUAACGCUCCUUUCCUACAUCUACAUCAUCUCCACUAUCCUGAAAAUCCCCUCGGCCCAAGGCCGUCAAAAGGCGUUCUCCACUUGCUCGUCCCAUCUGGCCGUCGUCCUCAUCUGGUACGGCUCCACCAUUUUCCUCUUUGUCAAGCCUGAAAGGAAUUUUUUGGAGAUGACCAAGAUAGUCAAU